AACUACUUGGUUUCACUAGACUGCAAGCACUUCACCUGCAGUGGAAUCUCCAGAAAGCAGCAUGUUCCCUUUGCUCUUUGGGGCUGGACUGGUGGUUCUGAACCUAGUGACUUCUGCUAGGAGCCAGAAGACAGAACCCCUUAGUGGCUCUGGGGACCAGCUGCUCUUCCAUGGAGCAGAUCAAUCUGACUUUGCCAUCAUGAUCCCUCCAGGAGGCACAGAAUGCUUCUGGCAAUUUGCCCGCCAGACUGGAUACUUCUAUUUCAGUUAUGAGGUGCAGCGGACACUGGGAAUGUCACAUGACCGACAUGUUGCUGCCACUGCACAUACCCCACAGGGUUUCCUCAUAGACUCCUCUCAGAAUGUUCGAGGCCAGAUAAACUUCUCUACCAAAGAGACAGGUUUUUAUCAGCUUUGUCUAAAAAAUCAGCAAAAUCACUUUGGUUCUGUGCAAGUGUACCUCAAUUUUGGAGUCUUCUAUGAGGGGCCUGAGAUGGACCACAAACAGAAGAAUGAAAGAAAACAACUGAAUGAUACUCUGGAUGCAAUUGAGGAGAAUACACGGAAGGUGCAAAACAAUAUCUUUCACAUGUGGAGAUACUACAACUUUGCCCGCAUGAGGAAAACGGCUGACUUUUUCCUUCUCCAAUCAAAUUAUAACUAUGUGAACUGGUGGUCGACAGCUCAGAGCCUUGUUAUUGUUCUUUCUGGAAUCCUGCAGUUGUAUUUCUUAAAGCGUUUCUUCAAUGUCCUGAAGACUACAGACACAAAAAAGCCAAGAUGCUAAGCCAAAAUGACUAUAGCACCUUAGCUCUUUUCCUCUGGGAUAGAAGCUUUGUCAAAGUUUCAGUCAAUUAAGCUUUGUAAAGUUACUGGAAAAAAUCAAUUUAUCUUGUUAGAACAUCUUAGUCUAUUGCUCUCCUUUCCUCUCCAAUUGCCUCAAAAUGGCAAUAAAAUAAUAAAUGUGCAAGCUUUGAUAUUAACUAUUACUAAAGCGUGUACUAAAUGCUACCAUC